UAAACAGUGUUUUUCAGGAAGUACUAACAGUGGUAUUCAGAUAAGUAAUACCCAACAGAGAUUGAAUAAAGUAAUCAAAUGUAAAAUAACUGCUAAAUAUAGACUAAUUCUUAUUUAAAACUGCAAAAGUUAUUCAUUCAAGAGCAGUGAGUGAUUUUAUCUUUGUCUUUUCUUUAGAUUAACAAUGACGUUAAUGUCAUUAAUGUUGGCUGCUGUCACUUUAAGAGCGCGCACGCGCAAGACAUAACGACUGCGUUUCCGAGGAAGGCAUUUCACUGAAAUAUAAUUUCGAUUAAUACGAAAAUACGAUUAAUUGCACAGCCCUGAAGUAUAGUGUUAUAAAUGUACAUACAUUAAAAAAAAAAAAAAAAAAAAAAUGAAAAUAUAAAAAAACUUUGCAGGAUUUACGAUAUUGAUGACCGUUAAAACGCGCCAUCACAGUCUGUGAAAGGGGUCUAUCGGUAAACACUUUUGCCCUCCUUAGUUCUGUUGUUGUAGGACAUUGUCUUAGUAACUAAUGGAUGAUUAAUCUAGAAACCUGAGCAUCUGUCUCCUAUUUUGAAGCUCUGGGAGGCUGGAGGAGCACUGAACACAAAGUAUGGACAGCUUGAAACGACAUAAGGAUCUAUGGAAGGUCUAUAAGGAGGAAAUACCCAGCAGUACUGAGCAUUUUGCUGGCCGGAGUGUGCGUCUCUUGGAGUCGCUGCAGUCGAGUCAUCUGAGGUCACUGAUGGAAUCGUUCCUCAGGCAGCGUUCUGUGAGAUCCAAACCCAACAGAAGAGUCAGAGCAUGUGACCGAGUCCCAGCUAACUCUAUGAGUUUUGAUGAGUUCUUUUCCUCUCUGAAAGAAGCAACAGGCCAAGAUUACCAGAGAAGUGACGUGGAGGAGUUAUUCACUGAGGCCAGUUAUCUUCAGUUUGUGGUUAUUUAUUUUAACUUGUCAGGAGCUGCUGAAAAGAAAAGCUGACAAGCUGCUGUGGACAUCAGUGUUUAAAACAAAUUUAAAUUAGAAGUUAAGUUUAAAACAGCUUUCUAUGCCUGUCUUUUCAUGAGCAGAGUUACAUGUACCUUUUUGGGCUCUAUUAUAUGACCGGCUGUCAGAGCAGAAGUGUUUGUUUUGUACAGAUGGACAUCUCCUGCGACGGUCGAGUUGAAUGGCAAACGUUCCACAACUUCCUGUUUCAGCAUUACAAGCAUAUCAUAAACUCGAUGCACGACUGUAAAAGUGUACCGAUCUCACAGCCUUUAAUACGCCACUGUACCUAUAACAAGCAAGAGCCUAUCGUGCGUAUCUUGGCUUUGAGUCAGUCUCCACCUGUGCGUUACAUCAGCGUCAGCAAGAGAGGAACUCUCGUUGUUUGGAACAGUCAUCUGAACAAAAUACAGCCACUGGAGAUGUGUGCUGACCCCUUUAAUAAACGGCAGCAUCGUAGGAGGUUCCAGGGUUGGAGCACAGAUGCUGUCUACAUGGCAAAUGUUCACAAGAUUGCCGUGUCAACCCUGAGCAGGGGCAUCCACUUCUUUGACGUUACCACCGCAUUUGGUUUUGAGCAGGUUCAUUUGUUCGGAUUGAGUCAUGCUGCUACUGCUCUAUGCUAUUGGUAUGACACAGAGGCUCCGGGAGAAAAGUGUGUGCUGAUGUGGGGAGAUGAGAAAGGCUCUGUGAAUUUGCUGUGGUUUCUUCAGCCUUUCAAGGGGCUCUUUGAGAUGCCUUUCACCAACGAAACUGGCCCAUUGCAAAUCUUUAUGCCAGAUAUAUGUGCGCACAGUGCACUGAUCUCUUAUCAGCACAUCCCAAAAAUCCACAGCGAGCCGAUCAACAAAAUCCUGUAUGAGCCUCACGAUGAGCUCAUUAUUACAUCAUCAGAAAGUCCAGCCAGCUCUGUGGUCAUCAUUGAUGUCAAUCAGAAGAGAGAGAAAUGCGUUUGGAGAAUAGAAAAGGGAGUCAAGUGUUUUGACUUCAGCUUCUCUCUCAGUCUGCUGGUAACUGCUGGACUGGGUCCUGUCAGACUGUGGAACCGCUAUGUGACCUGCCGCCCAACUGCGGUUCUGCACAGUCACCACACAUCUGUGCUGGAUGUGGUUAUUCACCAAGCAUUGGGCAAGAUCUUCAGCUACUCUAAGGACGCUGUGCUGAAAAUAUGGGAUAUUCCUUCUCAACAAUGCGUAAAGACAGUUCACCUGAAAUUCCCCAAUAUCCAAGCAGGCGUUACUCCUGAGCAGGGCAGCUUUCCUCUGCUCCUCAACCUGACCACGAAUCCUGUGCUCCUGGUGACCUGCAGGGAGUAUCUGGCCGUGCUUACGCUGACAGAAUCCAAAAAACCAGAAUCCAACGACAAGUCUGGCCUGUACACCUGUGCCCUCUAUAAUCCUCAUCUUGAACAGGUAAUCACAGCCUGUGCUGACUCCACACUGACUGUGUGGGAUGUGAAGACAGGUAUUAAGAAGAUGGAGGUAAGAAACGCUCAUGGUAAGGAGGAGGUUUCCUGUAUGGCACUAGACAUACACCAGCGCAGACUGAUCUCUGCGGCCACCAAUGGCACUAUCAAGGUGUGGAACUUACUGAAUGGCCUCAAUCUUCAUAAGCUAGAAACUGCCUCCAACACAGAGGUCACCGGGAUCAUCUGUCAUCAUGACAACCAGCUUCUAGCCACAGGCUGGAGUCGACUGAUCACUCAGUAUAGCAUUGAGUUUUCAAAGGACAUCUAUGUGAAAGCAGACCUGUCCUGGAAGUCUGGUCAUCAGCACAGAGAGGACAUCCUGGCGAUGGAUCACUGUCUAGGUCUGGGACUUCUGGCUACUGGGAGUUACGACGGAGAGAUCAUUAUAUGGACGCUGGCUCUCCAGAAGCCCCUCACACGACUACAGAGAUCCCAGCAAGGGAAAGUUCAUCUGCCCGUUCAUAGACUGCUGUUCUUGCAAAAACGAGCUCAGCAAAGUCAUUUGAGAAGCGGCGCUGUGCUGCUCAGCUCACAGGCCGGAUCUGUCUGCUGGUGGAGCAUCUGUGGGCCCAGACACAACCGUGGACAGUUCUAUGUGCCUGAUGAAUUUAAUGGGAGUGUGAUGGGUUUAAGCACAGACCAGGAAAACAGUCUACUUGUCACUGGAGACACCACAGGAUCCAUCAAGGUCUGGGACAUCUCACACUAUGCCUUAUCUGCUGGAGAUGUGGAGUCUGCAAAAGAAUUGCCUCCACUGUUACACUCUUGGAGGGGCCAUGAGAGGGCGAUAGUGAGCAGUGAGGUCCUGGUGUACGAGUCUCAACUCUUCGUGUUGAGCGCGGCGGUGGACCGCAGGGCCUGUCUCUGGACCUGUGAAGGAGCUUGUGUGGGCUGUUUUGGACAGGAACGGCAGUGGGAUUUGAGCAACCCAGACACUUAUCAAACCAACAGGGAACGGACCAGUCCAAUCAAAGAAGAAAAGAAGGAGAGGAUGGAGGACAGCCAAUCACGUGCCAGCCCUGAGAGAUUUAUCUGCUGGGGUGAAAGUUCAGGAGAGGGUGAUCAUCGACAAACAGAAUUAGCUCUAAACCUACAAACCGGUUAUACGGUUCUACAAAGCCCAGACUUUGAGGACACGUCUGAACGCCGCAGCUCUUUGGAAAAGUUCCCACUGCCUAAAUACAAUAAGUUUCUCUCUGGAGAUCAAGCAUGUGGGGAUCUGGAGAUAAAGAUGGCGGCGUGGCGACGAAAUAUCGACUCUGAAGGGCUCUAUCGCUUCGGGAAUGAGUUCACACCGUUUCGGGCUAUGGAGAUACCAGAGAUCAGUGAGAUAGAUGUACCUGUGAAGACCUGGAAACUGAAGACGCGGCAGAGUUCCUCCAGAGGAACAGAAGUGAGCUCUCGGAUAUUCUCCUCUGAAGGUGCCGGGGAUUAUCAAACACUGGAGGACUAGACAGUGGGUGUGAUGGAGGUACAGGUUGUAUUUUUUGACACAGGUCAGUGCCUAUACACUGAUUUACAGCGUUUGGCACAGAAAUGGCACAGAAAUCAGUGACUUUUGUAUCAUAUUUCUUCAGUCAAAUCAAUGAUUGUAUACACUAUGUUUUAUUUAUUGGAAUAUUUUUGAAAUUUUACAUUGUAUGUGGCCUUGGCUGUUGCAUUGAUUUCCAUUUGAAGCUUUAAUUUUCUGUACAUGAAACUGUAAUUUUAGCAAUAAAAUCACUAUUAUUGUUGCUCA